AUGAGCUUGCUUUCCCCCAACUUUGUGCUCCAGGAUGUCACCACCGACGACAUCGCCAUUGCCUCGCUAGCCUUUGGCUUCACCAUUGGAUUCGGAUGGCUCACAUGUUGGACAGCCGCGAAGCAGACAUGGCGAGCAUACAAAAGGAGCGGCGUCGAUGUCUGGCGGAACGGAUACAUCUGGAUGAUUUGGCUCGAGAUUUCGGUUUGUUUGUCGUUUGCCAUAAUCUGUUGGCUGCACCUCAAGGGUCUUGUACCGCCUAGUUUCGCCUUCUACUUUUGUAUCCUCACACUCUGGGCUCUUCAAGUACAGUUUCUACUACAGAUUAUCAUCAAUCGUUGCGCCAUCCUCGUCCGAAACCCCAAGCUUGUAUGGCGACUAAAGGUUGGCGUCGCUGUGAUUAUUACAGCGAUCAAUAUCUCCGUUUACAACAUCUGGAUUCCGGCACGUCUACAAAUAUCAGAGAGUUACAUUCACAUCAAUGAAAUAUGGGAUCGUUGCGAGAAAGGCAUCUAUCUAAUCAUUGAUGCCGCUCUCAAUAUCUACUUUAUCAGCAUCGUUUCGAGGAACCUCGUACAUAAUGGGCUCGCAAAGUACAAGGCUCUGUCCCACUUUAACAUGUUCAUCAUUGGUUUCUCACUAGCCAUGGAUGUACUCAUUAUUGCCAUGAUGAGUCUGAAAAACACCUUUGUAUACAUGCAGUUCCACCCCUUGGCAUACAUAGUCAAGCUCAACAUUGAAAUGUCCAUGGCCGAGCUUAUCGUCAAGGUAGCCAAGGCCCGCAACCAAGCCAACGUCGACCACGACUCUCCCGUUCUCGAGAACGACAUUGGCCACAGCUCGUCACACGGCACCAAGUCCAGAACGAGGGUCGGAGCCACCGCCCUCAGCAAGCGCGAUCGAUGGUCGGGUGACAGAUUCGACAUGAACCAGUCGAGGGCCAAUGCGGGGAUAGAGCUGGGCGACAUGAUCAUCAAGGAAGAAGAGCGGCAAGGCUCCAAUGAUGAUGGAGACGGCGGCGACAGGAACAUCUACACCACGCGAGAAGUUCACGUAGAGUUUGAAAAGGCGUCUCACAAGUCUGGCAAUAGCGAGUCGCCUAGCAGCUUCUACGAAGGACCGCCUGGGUCCAAGGCCGGUGAAGAAGACACGAGGCCGCUCAAGUCAAACCAGAAGGGAGCUGUACAUGUAAAAACCCAUAGAGGAAACGAGAUCGACAUGUGA